GCACGUGCAGAGCGGCGCUCAGAAGGGGCGGAGUUGGCAGAGGGAGCGUUUCAAUAGGAAGACACUCCAGUGACCAUUAUCCUCAACCUCGAAGUCCUCUGGCAGCCAUGAAGGCCGCUCGGAUCGCCCUGCGGAACGCGGCCCCAUUAGCCGCCGCAGGCAGCCCAGGCAGCGGGCGGGUGACUCGGGAGGUGGAGCAUUUUGCCCGGUACUCUCCUUCGCCCCUCUCCAUCAAGCAGUUCCUGGAUUUCGGAUCAACUAAUGCCUGUGAAAGAACCUCUUUUUCGUUUCUUCGGCAUGAACUUCCUGUGCGGCUAGCAAAUAUUCUGAAAGAAAUUGAUCUCCUUCCUAGUCCACUUUUGAGCACUCCUUCAGUACAGUUGGUAAAAAGCUGGUAUGUCCAAAGCCUAAUGGAGCUUGUGGAGUUCCGUGAUAAAAAAUCAGAUGACCACAAAGUUCUGUCAGAUUUUAUAGAUGCUAUUGUUACAGUCCGAAACCGACAUCAUGAUGUAGUACCUACAAUGGCCCAGGGAGUUCUAGAAUACAGAGAUUCAUCUAAAAUGGACCCAUUCAUCAAUCAAAACAUUCAGUACUUCUUGGAUCGAUUUUACAUGAAUCGGAUAUCCAUCCGCAUGUUAAUAAACCAACACACACUUAUUUUUGAUAACAAUAACAAUAUGGGCAAUCCACGGCACAUUGGAUGUAUUGACCCAUGCUGUGAUGUUGUUGAUCUGGUGCAUGAUGCUUUCCAGAGUGCCCAGAUGCUUUGUGACCAGUAUUAUUUUGCUUCUCCAGAGUUAAAGCUCACUCAAGUGAAUGGAAAGGCAGCUGGACAGCCUAUUCACAUAGUAUAUGUACCUUCUCAUCUCUUUCACAUGCUCUUUGAACUAUUCAAGAAUGCAAUGAGGGCAACAGUUGAAAAUCAAGAAAAUAAGCCUUCUCUUGAUCCAGUGGAGGUGACUGUUGUGCUUGGAAAGGAAGACCUGUCAAUCAAGAUAUCUGACAGAGGUGGUGGUGUUCCAGUAAGGAAAAUAGAAAAUCUCUUCAGCUACACAUACUCUACUGCACCAAAGCCUGUGAUUGAUAGCACAAAUACAACUCCUUUGGCUGGUUUUGGUUAUGGCUUACCGAUUUCUCGCCUGUAUGCUAAAUACUUCCAUGGGGACCUUAGUCUGUGUUCCAUUUCUGGUUAUGGAACAGAUGCUCUUAUUUACUUAAAGGCUCUUUCCACAGAAUCUAUAGAAAAGCUUCCUGUUUUUAACAAGUCGGCUUGUAAACAUUAUCAAACUGCUAUAGAAGCAGAUGACUGGUGUGUUCCAAGCAAAGAACCAAAAAAUUUGUCAAGGCAGAGUGCGGCUGCAUGAAAUCUGUAUUUGUGCACGAAAUGGAAGGGGAUCAGAACUCAGUGUUUCAGCCAGGACUAAUGAAACAAAUAACUUGAUGUCACUCCUAUUCUGUACCAAGAUUUAUACAAGAAAGAAGGUGGAAUAAGAGAUUACAGCAUAGACUGUACAUGUACUGUAUUUGUUUUCCAAGAUGCAUAAUACAUUAGGAGAACUGCAUUCAUAGACAAAUGUGCAUAUGAUUUUGUAUUCAGAAAGUUAGGUUAACACUCCAAAAUAGUAGUGUUUUUGAACUUUAGGAGUUAGGACAAUGUGUUCUAAACCUGUAUGUCAUGGUUGCACUCCAACGCAAAAUAUUAACGUUUCCCUAAUAUUGUAACUCCAUAUUUCAUUCUAUUACAAAAUUGGUGUUAAUGAUAUAUACUGCAACCAAUGGAAGAUCUGUCUAGUUGAAAUAGCAGUGAUAAUAAUUUUCCCCCAGUACAAGUGAAGUAGCUGGAUUUGGGGAAAAGCUGAGAUAGUACCAUGAUGCUAAAAGUUAUCUUUUUAUUCUAAUUCCGAAUGGUAAAAUGUUACUUGAAUUUUGUCUGUAGCAACUUUCUAUUGCCUUUCUGAUUGUGGAGGUUAUCCCACACUCAUGUAGAAGGAUCUCAAAGUGAUGUCAAGGAAGUUGUGGGUAUGUAUUUUGAAGAUAAUUGUUAAGUUGUAAUAUUAUGGUAUGUCUGAUUCUUACAAGCACUGAGAAACAGCAGUAGAAAUAAAGAGGUUUUGCGAGCUAAAAUACAAGCAAUCUGACUUUAAACUGGAUACGCACAAGGUAAAGUUAUACAUAGACAGGGAGGAUAGUUCUUUGAGUGAUAUUGUGUAAACAUCAACUUAGAGGUUUUCACCGUGUGGAUUUGAAACAAAUUUGGGAUCUUGAUAUGUGAGCUAGCAGUUACAGUCAAACAAUGACUUGUAUAGCUUUAAAAGUUCAGAUUAUGCUUGAAACAUUUUAUAGUGAUGUGAUGAUAACCAUUUAUGGAGUUUAAAUGAGAAUUCCAAAGAGUGUGGGAAAUCUAUGAGUGAGAACUAGAAAAGGAAAAAAAAUGAGGAUUGUAGAAUGGUUUCUUUUUUUGAAGAAAUGAUUGGGAGAAUAUUCCAUUCCAAAUAAUUUGCACUCCUGGAAGAUUGGGAGUUUCAUAAGGGCCCAGCUAAUGACAAUCUAGGUCAGUCUGUCUUUUUCUUUUUUGAAAAGACAGUGAUAUGCUUAAAAACUAAUCCUAGUUCAUUUUAAAAGGAUCACUGUGAAGAUUUAGUGUCCAUGCUCAGUUAUGGCAGCUUCAUUGCUGUCAUAUUUGCUGAUGCCACUUUUGCUGUGGACAUUGGAUUCAGUUGAAUAGGUAAUCCCAGCCAUGUGAGGCUAUUGUGUGCAGUUGGUACAGUGAACCAACAAAGGCUUUAUCAGCUAACAUUGCUGGAUUUUUAGAUGUUUUUCCCACUGAAAAUAUUGUUCAGAUUUGGAAAAUGCAGCAGAUUUUUAUCUUGUAAAGUGUUUUUUUAUGCUUUGAUCAUGAAAAAAGAAAUGCAUAUUUAGUGUGCUAAUUGCAAGUGCCUGUUUUGGUUGGGAGCUUUAUAGUAAGAGUUACUAAUGAUGAGAUCUUAAUGUACUGUUUGAAUCCUUAACAUUAUAUAAUGGUACCACAGUGGUACUGGUUAAUAAGAAAAGUGUGCCAUUCAGAUCAGCUGUGUAAAAUUGCAUAUUUCUUCAGACAUUGUGUUUUGGUAACUAUAGAAGCUUAUGCAAUAGGUAAUAAUAUAUUUUUAAAAGUUUUUUGCUUAUGCUUUAAUCUAUUUAUCGGACUAUGCACUGUUUCUGAAAACAACCAAAGGAGCCGUCUUUUCUUAGGCACAGACCUUAUUUGGGUGCUUUAGGUGCUGUUUUGUGCCCCACACAUAAUAUCAAAAACAGCCUGGGCAGAGUGUAAGACACUCAAAACUGGACUUUCCUUUUAGAUAUCUCUGCUAUGAUAUGCCUUCAAGUUUCUAGUACACUUGAAAUGUACUGUAACAUUUUUAAUAAAAUAUUUUUAAAGUA